AUGCCGACCAGCGUACCAAAGGAGACUGGACUGGGUGUCUGCAAGCAAUGCCAGACGAACGAUGCUGUGGAAAAUGUUCGCUCACGACCCAUGUGCAGGGACUGUUUCUGCAAGUACAUCGCAACAAAGGCUGUGAAGCGCAUGGAAAAGUUCCGCACGAGAUUCUCAACUGCUGGCCAGCAACGAUCCCUACUGCUCCCCCUCUCCAUUGGCGUAUCCUCGCUGGUACUCCUACACUGUCUGGAUGAGCAACUCAAACGUCAAAUCGAAAACACUGGACGUACUGGCUUUGCCCUGCAAAUACUGCACGUAGACAUGACCGCUGUCGUACCAGAGGGACCUUCAGCGACGCAGCUAGAUGUAGUCAAGGAACGCUACCCAACACACACAUACACAUCAAUCCCAAUCUCCUCAGUCAUGGAGGUGGAAGACGUGCAGGACCUACUUAAACAAUACGGCAUCGACACACCAGCCCCUCUCGGCGACGGCAUUGAAACCACGAAUCUCCAAUGCCUACAGACACUCCUCCAAGCCAUCCCCACCGCUACAGCCCGCGCCGACGUCCUCUCAAUCCUCCUCCACAAACUCAUUGUCGAUUUCGCAAAAGCAGAUACCUGUGAAGCCAUCGUCUGGGGCGACAGCACAACAAGACUGGCAGAGAAGACUCUAGCGGAAACCGCAAAGGGCAGAGGUUUUGCUCUCGCCUGGCUAGUCUCCGACGGCCCUUCGCCCUACGGCAUCGACUUUUACUACCCUAUGCGCGAUCUGCUAAAGAAGGAAAUCAACGCCUAUGCAACCUACACAAACCCACCCCUCACACCUCUAAUCGCUCCCGAGCCACCACUGGAAACAGUGGUUAGCGCAAAACACAGCACAAUCGAUGGAUUGAUGCGCAACUACUUUGACGCCGUAGAAAAAAACUAUCCCAGCAUUGUGGCCAACGUGGUUAGAACGACUGCAAAGCUACAAGCCCCAGGUGUCGGAGCCGGAGACGCGAGUUGCAGUCUUUGCGGCUUACCUCUGCUGCUUACGCCUAGGACGGAGCAGGGACUGGUUGCUGAGGGCAAAGCACCUCCGCCAUUGUGCUAUGGCUGUCUGAGGAGCGUGCCUAUGUUUUCGCCUUGA